AUGCCCAGUUGGCAGGAGUCACCCCUUCUCAGCCUACGUGUGGAAUUCACGGAUGGGACUCUGAUCGGGUCUUGCCAGAUUUAUCGGCCAGACCCUCGAUCUGAGAAGAUGUCGCAGUACCUCUUGACGGACUCUGCUGGCAGCCCGGCAGACUGUGGUAUCGAGCUCCAAGUCCUGGAAGGAAUUGCCAAGGCAAGGCGAGAAGUGGGCGGCAACCUGGCGCCCGGCAGCCGCGUGGCCGGGCACCCGAGUGUCGGGCAGGGCUUGUCACAGGUCCGCUUUGCCGAGACGAGCUUGUUGGGAAGCUUCCUCAAGGCCCUUGAGCUGCCUGCAGGAGGCUCGUUGACUUUUGACCCUGGAGAGUCCUGGAACUUCGACUUCCACCUCUCAGUGGCCGAGAGCAACCUUCGAGCCCACGUGCUUCGAGGGGGCUCAUAUGCGCUUACUAGAAGUUCUGAUUCCAAUGCGAAGAAUUUGGUUCUGGAAAGACUGUCCUCGCCAUCCAGGCAGACCAGCGAGAGGCUUGCAGACCUCAAGGGUCUUACAUUCUCGUUCUCAGCAUCUGGUUGGCUUGUGAUUUACCAGCUUGGAGUUGCAGAAUGCUUGCAGAACCACGGCAUCACCAAGAACCCUUACGUGCGCGUUUCUGGAGCCUCCGGCGGUGCUUUGACCGCUUGCAUGAUGAUGUACGGCGCGGACCCGCGCAAGCCCUUUGAGGUGCUCUUGCGAUGCGCGCAGCUAAUCCAUGCGAGGCCUGAGAAAGCCUUCUUGCUCAGGAAGUUUGUGCUGCAGGCAAUGCAAGAGAUCAUCCGGGAUGGAUCAUUUCAGCAUCCUGCGUUCGAGACACAUCGAGUGGAAAUCGGGGUGUCCUCCAUUCAGAAUAAGGGCCACGGCCGCUUCAUCAAAAUGAUGUUGAGUGGCCAGGAGCACCGACUAAAGGACUUCACAAACACGGCUGACAUUGCUGUGGCCCUACUUGCAUCCUCUACCUGUGGCAUUUCUGGUCUUCCGUUCACAUUCAAGGAUGAGAAUGGGGAGGAGCGACAAGUGGCCGACGGUGCCUUCAAGACCUUUCUGCCAGCAAUUGACGAGCACUCGAUUACGGUAAAGCCGUUCUGUGCUGGAAUGGACGUGCUGCAUCUCACGGGACACAGGGCAGAUGUGGGGCCCUCUGAGUAUGUGCCUGCAUCCUUUGGGAUCUUCCCGCCGCCUGUGACGCUGCUGGAGCAUCUCUACGAGCUUGGAUACCAGGACAUGGAGACCUGGCUUCACCGUCACUUGCAUGACCGUACGAGGCAGGUGGCUACUGCGGCUGAGCAGCAGGCUGACCUGCCGCCAGUGGAAUUCAGCUGCCAGAACGAAGGCAUGCUUUGGCAUAAGGAGGUUCUACAGCGGGUUCCUGUGAAGUGGGCAGACAUGCUGAACUCCCGCAACUUCCUUGCAGACAAGGGCCCAGCCAUCUUGCACCAAGGCAUGAUAGAGCUGAGCGACCUUCACUUCAUGGGCGCAAACGGGCAAAAAGCACAGACGCACAAUGCAGAAGCUGCAAAUGUCAAGAGGUGGAUGGUGCUGACUGACUUAGACAUGCGAUGGCAGGAGAGUGAGACAACUGAUCUGAGUCAGGACGCGGAGGCGCAGCAAAAGGUUGACUGGAUGAUACGAGAGGCGCAGGUUACGGCGGGUGCUGAGACAUCUCACGAGAAGUUUCUCCACAGGCUGACCUCAGGGCGCGUUCAUCUCUCCUGGAUCUUGGACGCAUACGUUGACGAGAAAUGCUUCCGGUGCUCCAUAGACACUCCUGAGAGGCACUUCGUAGUCAGCACAGUCGAUUAUUCCCUGACUCUGAAGGCCAACUCUCACAAUGACGCCAUUGCCUGGACUACGGCACUCCAGGAUGCGAUUGCAGCCACGAGGGACUACGACCCGAAGAUGAACAAGGUCAGUGAACAGCCCACAGAAGUGUCUGCAAUCGACAAGGAAUGA